UGAUCAGAUUGUUUAAUCACUAUCCAACUCGUAGUGAAAUGAUCCGAGCAAUGGAACUUGAAUCUACUCCGUUGCACAAAGUAACUCCUGAAGAAUAUUGUCAAAUGCAGGGUUUCGGUGUUAAUUUUGUCAUUAAUUACGUAGUAAAUAGAUUGGAUCACAUAACUACAACUCGAGAUCUUCUUAAGCUCAUCGGAAAGAUUCAUGAAGAAUUAGACGUGGCAAAAAUUCAUUUUGUAUAUUUCAAAGAAGCUGCAAUGGAUGUUUUGCAACAAAAUUUAGGUGAUAAGUUAAAUCAAGAAGACUAUCAGGCUUGGUCUAAAAUGUUUAACAUUAUGCUGAAAUAUUUUUUCGAA